UCAGGCGGAAUGAAUGAGUUCAGAGCGCGCGCUCUCGGCGCCAAAGAAAGUUUCCUCUGCCCUUCAGCGGUGUUUAUUUGUUCGUUUUCAUGAAUGUUCCUUCAUGUUUUUGUUUCUUUAGUUUGCAUCAGUAUUUUAAUCCGCGCUGCUGAAGGUUAUAUGAGUUUUACACUGAAAAGUUGAGGCAUUAAAGCGCGAUUCGUGCAGGAAGAGAAGAAAGAGUUUAAGAUGGCAGAUGAUUCUGAUCAGAGAUCAGUUUUAAUGGAGAUCCCAGAACCACAGGCCAAAAUCACAGGACGUCUGAGAAGAUCCUACAUGGAUAUCUUGAGUUCCCGUCUGUCUCCUGGAGCGAGACGCGUGAGACGCGGACACAUGUCGGACACAGGUUCAGGAAGACGGCGGACUGGAGACGCCUCGGACUCCAGCGAGGUGUCCGUCUCCAAGCAGCUGCUCCACAGUCUUCUUCUCGCCGAGCAGUCGGUUCAGAUGGCGUCCGUCUCGCUCACGUCUGACCUCAAGCUCUUACUGGACGAUCUGCACCAGAAGAAGACCAGCGUCUACAGAUCCAUCCCGUACUCACGCCUGGCUUCCAACCGGGACGCCCACUGCUUCAGGAAAGCCCGUCCACACCUGAUGGCCUUCAAGCGCUCGUGUCAGGACGGAGGCCGUCUUCUCCUGCAGAACUCUGAGUGGGAGAAGCUGCUGGAGUUCGUUCAGGCCGCGUGCCGCUUCGCCAGCCAGCUCCCGCAGUGGGAGACCAGCACCCAUAAUGCACUGCAGGAGCACUGCUACGCCACGCUAGCGACGCUGUGUAGCACGGCUCUGCAGAAACACAGACCGGCUGAGCACAGAGCCCGAGAACUCCUGCGCAGGUUUAAAACGGCUCCGUGUCGUGUAGGCGAGGAUCGGUCCUUGUUUAGAGCAGCUGGAGAAGAUCCUGCAGGACUAUCAGAACAGAGAACCACAAACUCAGAUCCAGCCCUGAGUCCUGCGUUCAGAUGAGAGCUCGCUGAUGAGUGACGGCCCUGAUAUCUGUGCGUCUUGGACCGUGUGACCCCUCUGAGGAUCAAAACCUGCCCAUAACCCGCCCCCCUCUGAGGAUGGAC